AUGGCUGGCUUUCCAGAAGAUUAUGAGAUUCGUGUCUCAGAACUUAUUCACCUUUGGAUAGCUGAGGGUAUUGUAACACUUUCAAAUGGAUCAAAAAGAUUGGAAGAGGAGGCAGAAGAUUGUUUCGAUGAUCUUGUCGAGAGAAGUCUAGUUCUGGUCAUCAACAGGAAGUCUAAUGGGAAAAUAAAGAGUUGCAGCAUUCAUGAUAUUGUGCGAGAAUUUCUGGUAAGGCAGGCUGCAAAAGAGAAGGUAAUUCUUUCGGUUAUGGAUUACUUACCUACUCCUAUCCUGCGAAGUCAUUUUGUUCCACAUCUCAUAAAAGAUCAUCAUAGCAUAUGUGCUAAUUCAUAUGAUCUACAUCUCAAAGACUAUGUGCAUAGUUCAGACAUCCACACCAUAAUAUGCAUUCCGAAGAAAGGGUAUAGAUCCGUGGGCUCCGUAGAGAAGUUUAGUUCACUCAAGGUCCUUCAUGUUUUACGUAGAAGCAAUUAUUGGGAUUGGGAGCCAGGUCAAGUGUUCGAUCUGAUUCAUUUAACUUACAUUGCUUCCAACAUUCCCAAUAGUAUUGUUCCUUCAGCCAUAUAA